AUGCGCUCAUUCGCCAUGCUUGCUCUCGCCUUUGUGGCUAUCGUCCAUGCUGCAGUCAUCGGCGGCGAUCCCGCCGAUGGAAACGUCGUCGCCAAGCGAGCUGGCCAGCCGUCAAUUUUCAUUGUUGACAUCAUCGCCGGCGACGAGAACUUUUUCGAGUGUGUCUUUGAUGUUGCGGUAGAUCUCAGCUUGCCUCUCAGCCAACGCUACAAGCCACAAAACUUUGUGCAAGGUUGUCAGCUCGGCAGGAUCUCGACGAAUGAGCUUCUGGGUCGUGUUAGUGUCUUAAUCGAAGUCCUCAGCAGCGACAAGUUGACGACCCUCGACGUUUCCAUAGCUGCCGAUAUCAAGACAGGCAACUGGCAAGCCUGGCUCCUCUCUACCGCCUCGCAUAUCGGUAAUACUUAUCUUGGUGACACGACUGACGCCUCACUCGCGAUCGAUGGUGUCAACAGCGGUCGUCUAGUCCCUCGCUGCUUUUACCAGACCAAGCUCAACAAACCAGGCGGAUCGUAUUGCUACAUGGAAUACGGCUAUCGCAAAGUUCCAUCCUAA